GCCAUUCCCGAAUCGGUGAAAAACAGAAAGCAAAUAGAAGCCAAUAACGUGCAUAACUCUAUUUGAGCUCGCAUGAAACUAACCUUCCCUGAUCAUUUCCUUCGAAACGGACUAAGGUUCGUGGCGCGAGACAGAGAGCAAACUCGUAGCAUACUUUCCAUUGCCUUAUACGGUCUCUUUCCAUUUCCGCCCUUUAAUUUACAAGAGAAGAGCAGAGAAACAGAUAGUAACACAAAGAGAGCAGAGGAUUUUAAAAAUGGACGCCCCGUCGUCUCCAACGUCUUCGGUUAGCUCUACGCGUUCUUCUCCAUUUAUACAACCAAAGUUCUCGUCUCUUCCAGUGAUUUCGCUCAGAGAGAAAAUCGUAGAGAAAAUCAAGGAAAAUCGUGUCACUCUCAUUGUUGGCGAGGCUGGCUGUGGAAAGAGCUCUCAAAUCCCACAGUUUCUUUUGGAAGAAAACAUGGAACCGAUUCUGUGUACACAACCCAGGAGAUUUGCUGUUGUUGCUGUUGCUAAAAUGGUAGCACAGGCUCGAAACUGCGAGCUAGGAGGAGAGGUUGGAUAUCAUAUAGGUCAUUCAAAGCUCUUAUCAGCAAGAUCAAAGAUUAUCUUCAAAACUGCUGGAGUUUUAUUAGAAGAAAUGAGAGAAAAAGGGUUGAAAGCGCUUAAAUACAAAGUUAUUAUUCUUGAUGAAGUGCAUGAAAGAUCUGUUGAGUCCGAUCUUGUUCUUGUCUGUGUGAAGCAGUUUCUGUUAAAGAACAAUGAUCUGAGAGUGGUAUUGAUGUCUGCAACUGCUGAUUUUGGAAGAUACCGAGAUUUCUUCAAAGAUCUUGGCAGAGGUGAACGGGUUGAAGUGCUUGCAAUCCCUAGCUCUAACCAGCAAGCCCUUUUUCAGAGAAAAGUUUCAUAUCUUGAACAGAUAACUGAAUUUCUUGGAAUAACUUCGGAUUUACUGGCUACAAGAUAUUGUUCAGGACCAAGCCCUUCUAUGGCAGCUGCUGAUAUUAAAGAAGAAGUGCACAAACUUAUUUAUGAUUUGAUCAUGCACAUUCAUGAAAAUGAACCAGACAUCGAAAAGAGUAUUUUGGUUUUCCUUCCUACAUACCGUGACUUGGAGCAGCAGUGGUACCUUCUGAAGCCUCUUAUUUCCUGUUUUAAAGUUCACAUUUUACAUGGAAGCAUUGAAACUCAACAAGCUCUCAUGGCUAUGAAAAUCUGGAAAUCGCAUCGUAAGGUGAUAUUGGCCACAAACAUUGCAGAAUCUUCCGUGACAAUACCCAAAGUAGCAUAUGUCAUUGAUUCAUGCCGGUCUUUGCAAGUCUUUUGGGACACAGCAAAGAAAAUGGAUUCUGCAGAGCUUGUGUGGGUUUCUAAGUCUCAGGCUAACCAGCGUAAGGGGAGAACUGGAAGAACUUGUGAUGGCCAUAUUUAUCGGUUGGUCACAGGAUCGUUUUUCAACAAGCUUCAGGAGCAUGAGUCUCCAGCUAUACUUAAGCUGUCAUUACGGCAACAAGUACUUCUGAUUUGCUGUGCUGAAUCUAAAGCCAUUAAUGAUCCCAAAGUUUUGUUGCAGAAGGCUCUGGAUCCUCCAGAUCCUCAGGUUAUUGAAGAUGCAUUAAACUUGCUUGUUCAAAUAAAUGCAUUGGCCAGAACAUCUGCACGGGGCCGGUAUGAUCCUACAUUUUACGGACGUCUGCUUGCUAGCUUCUCAUUAUCCUUUGAUGCCUCUGUUCUUCUACUGAAGUUUGGAGAUAUUGGACUCUUGCGUGAAGGCAUUCUGAUGGGUAUAUUGAUGGAUUUACAGCCUCUACCAAUUCUUCACCCUUUUGGAGAAGAACCUUUGUUUACACAGUAUGCUUGCCGCUACUUUGGUGGUGAUUGUAACAACAUUGUAAAAAUUGGACGAAAGGAGAUGAUAUUAAUUGGAAACUUGAAUGCAUAUCAGUUUUGGCAACGUGUAUUUAAGGAUAAGCACCGGCUGGAACACCUGAAAGGACUUUCUACGUUUAGUGAAAUGAAAGCUGCAUCAUCACUGCUUCCAAAGAUUGAAGAGGAAUGGUGCUUGUUCCAUAAUCUUAUACAAUCAUCACUACAUCAAGUGUCCGAUAUGUAUGAAGACAUACUAAAUUCACUACACCAGUUUCGACCCAGAUUUCUGGGUAAAUGUGAUGGCCUACCAACCUACUAUGAUCCAUAUGAAUUUGGCCAUGUGUGCUUUCUGCAAUAUCAGCCAGAUGGAGAUACAGUUGCUGUUGCUGCAGAUGAUGAGCACAAUGAGCUAUCUUGUGAAACAAAAAAAUGUUGUGCUGUACCUUUUGUUUCUUCUGUUCACUUUCAGACUAUUAACGUGGCUCAAAAUUUUUCAGCUAUUGUCAAAGAGGUAAGAGCUCAAUUAACACAGGAUGGAACUCGUAAUCUUGGGAGCUAUACUUACAAUGAUGUAUCUCAUGUCAAUGAGAAUGCUCCCUCAUGUGUAUAUUUUCUUGAUGGAUCCUGCAACAAGGGCAGUGAAUGCAGAUUUUCUCAUUCACUUGAUGCGAAAAGACCUGCUUGCAAUUUUUUUUUCUCUUUACAGGGUUGUCGAAAUGGAGAGUCCUGUCACUUCUCCCAUGAUCUGGGUUCAUCAAUAUCAUCAGUUAACCCUAUUCCGUGCCUGCCGGAAGAUGAUGAUGUCAAUGCUGCCACCUUUCUACAAUUGUUUCCAGCAUCUUCGGAUGGUUGCAUCCUUUUACUGGAUGAUACUGACAUGCAUUUCUCCUCGAUUCUUGCUCGCCACUAUGAUCCGUCCAAAAUAAUAUGUACUACAUGUACGUCUGGCAGCUCCAUAGUUGAUCCGUCAUUGAGGGAUGUCCGAGUUCUGUGGGGUCUCAGUCACCCAUACCAGACUAUCAUUUCCAAAGCAGCAAAGAAUCCCAUUCCAUGGAGUGAAAUUAAGUGCAUUCUGUGGUUCCCUAAUUUAAAUAGCGAUGCUGAAAAUUUGGAGAAGCAGAAACUUCAUAUACAAAAUUUCUUUGAGUAUUUAUCCAUCAGAAUUAUAGCUGACUCCUUAUAUGAACUUCGAGUUAUCAUCACCAUGAACAAUAUCAGAUUUUCACUGUUACAGGUGGAAAAGUUAGGCAGAGAAAGCUUCUUUUUCCUCAGAGAAUCUUUUCCAUUUGAUGAAGCAAGUUUAGGGGAGUUGCAAGAUACAACCACAACUAGGAAGCCAGUGCUGGCCUCAAAGGCUAUCUCAUACGUUUUUGACUUUCAACCACCUACUGACAUUCAGUUUGAUGACUAUGCAGCCGCACUUCGCAAAUGUCUGAAUGAUAUUAAUGGAUGUACAUAGAGGACUUCAGCUGCUUUGUUUUGAAAUUAGAUUGUAAAUAUCAGAGACUAAUGUGCUUGACUUCGAGUACAUGAGUGUACGAUGAUGGUAUUACCAAGUACUGGUUCUGGUUUAGUUUUACAUAUUUCGUCUGACCUUACUGAUUUUCAGCUGAGAGGAAAACCACAUUGCUUUUAGCAGAUUGGUUUUGACUGCUAGAAAAGCUGUGCAUAUACAUUCAUGAGAGCGUUUGAAACCUUAUAGAAAAGAUCUUAAAUUUUUGCAAGUAUGCUAUUUGUGGACAUCACGAAUUUAUGAAUGAUAGAAUACGAGCAUAUAAUCAC